UUCGAUGUCGUGAAAGUGUUGAGCCCAAGGAUAUACAUGAUGUAUCGCGUGCUAAAGUUUCCCGGUACCUUGGCGCUCCUAUUUGUUUCUCUUUUUCUCAAACGCGCAUCAAGAUAACCAGAAAAAAAACAAAAACAGCCUAGUAAUACCAGCCCCCACUUGAAUAUGGCACGCUUUGCUGAUUGUUUCUGGGACGAGAAUGACAAGGGUGUCGAGGUCGUUACUGAAAAGUUAAAAAACUCAAGACAAACGUGCGAUGAGAUCAACAGCCUCUACGAGAUUAGAGCGCAAAUCGAAGAAGAAUAUGGUGAAAAGUUAUUAAAGCUAUCGCAAAUGAUGGUGGGCCAGGCCGAAGAGGGUGCACUUUCUGAAUCAGUAUCGCACAUUCCGAGCGCCAUUGAAACGACAGCGCGUGCGCAUAUGGACUUGGCCCAACAGCUUCGACACAACCUGCAAAGCGCGUUGAAUGGAUUCUUAAAAGACCAUAACGAAAAGUGCAAAGCUCAAGAACAACAGAUCGAAAAUUCUAAACAACUGCGAGUUAUGCACCAUGCGAAUGUACUCAAGGCAAAAGAUCAGUAUUUCGCUGAGCAUACAAAAUUGGCAGGGAUGGAGAAAUAUUUGAAAGACCAACGGACGGAAUUGGAUCCGGAUGAAGUACAGCAGGUCGCGGAAGAUAUCGAGGAGCAGAAGAAACUGUUAGCAACGGCUGACCAACAGUAUAAACGAGCGGUCGAUGUAUUAAACGAUGUUACGGAGAAAUGGAUUGCUGAUUGGCGUGGCACUUGUGAUAUCUAUCAAGGUCUCGAGGAAUCACGCAUCAACUUUAUUCGAAGCAGUUUAUGGGGAUUCGCAAAUAUGAUGUCUAGUGUAUAUAUUGUAGACGAUCAAUGCUGCGAAAGAAUCCGUAGCUCUCUCGAAUCGACCGACGUGCAACAAGACGUACAGACAUUUAUUGGCAAGUAUAGCACAGGCACCAGAGUGACAGAUUUGAUGCCAUACGAAGACCUGUCACAACCAGGUGCGCAUCCUAAUCGAGGAUCUCAAGCGCCGCCACCCACGAUAGCACUACCACCGCCACCUACUGCAUUACCGGAUGUACCUGAAGAAACGUACAAUAAACCGUCACCACCUUCAAUCAGCUCUUCCCGAUCACGCCAAAGUGGACAAAGCGGAUUUGAUAAUACGCGCAACAGUGCCGCGAGCACACGGGAUCUCUCAGAAAACAUUCCCGCUACAACCACCACCACCACUACCGCUGCUAUGCGACAAUCGGUACCUCCCAUUAUAAACCCCGCUCCUUCCAAAGAAAGGGCAAUGUAUCGUGACCGACAGAAUCAUCAAGGGCGAGACGAUCACGAUACCGUGUCGUUUGCAUUUGAAGAGGUCGAAAACAUGCUUAGCAGUGUGGGGACAUCGUUGGAUGUGAGCAAUGGAGGCCUGCGACAGUCGUUGGUAUGGGCAACACAACAACAACAACAGCAACAACCAGCUGGAUCCAUGGCAAAUAAUCAUCACCCAGCACAAACACAACGACCGAUUUCUCCUCCCCCUCCAUCUACAGGAUCGUCACAAACACCAGCGGUGGUAACCACCCCAGCGACAGACGAUCCAACGAGCCCGCAACAACCUUUGAGUUCUAUAACACCGUCUGCACUAGCGAAUGCGGUGAAUGCAGCAUCCAGUUCAGCGCCUAUUCCUGUUAUGCACCCCUCGGAAUCAAGUCGAUCUAGAUUAUCUGCAGUGGGUGUAUCAUCACCAUCCCAUACUGCUCCUCCCCUCAGCAACAAUGUCCCAUCCUCUAGCAGUGCGACACCUUCUGACACGUCCUCACCACCCAUCCCACGCUCGAUUUCUCCCGGCCCAUCACAACAGCAACAACAACAACCAA